UCUACCAGUCAGUAGUAAGGCUGCGUCGGUCUUUCGCUCCGCACAAUAAAGCGCAAACCACCUGCGUGUUAACACUUCAGGGUGAAACAUUUCCACGGGCGUCCUCCAGUUUACUUCUUGUCGAGAAAAGCUGAAAAGACUCACACAGCCCAGCCAGGCGACACCAGAUUGUCGUGGAAAUCAGACAACACUCGCAGACUCGUCCUCUGACGCCAAGAUGACAAUAUCUACUGACUUUAAUACGCUGCAGUGUGAUGCACAAGUCCAGUCCAAGCCUGGUUUGUUGACUGGAGCUGGACAAAUGUGUUUGGAGAGCAUUUCAUCCCUGCUGAAAAAAAAACCCCAAUAGAAACCAUUACAGAAAUUUUAAUGGUUUCCACUACAAAUACCAUUAAAAACAAUAACAAAUGUAGUGCGUUUUGGCCAUAGUCUAUUCGGUUUGUGUUGGAUCGCGCAAUUCCCCGAAACGCAGCAGCAGGCUGAAGUAGAGCAGGAUGAAACAGGGUUUCAGGAAACUCAGAAAUCAAGUAGGCCUAAAGAUGCCGUAGGGCAGGGUGAGGGAGAAGCAGCUGGACUUUCAGGGCUUCAGGAGACAGUCAGUGUGAGUGAGGACGAUCCUGAAGCGAGUCAGUGUAGCAGUGUCAUGGACAUGGGGUGUAAGCCAUACCAGCCUGAUCCAAAAUUCAUCGAAGUACAGCAACUUCCAAACAAGAUUUUGCGGUUUCAGGUGAUCUGAGUAACACCGUCUAUAAGAAGUUUAAAAAUGGCGGACUCGGUGAGGUUUGUCGCUCCGUGCGCCCCCUAGUGGUCUUCUACGUAAAUGAAGCGCCGCUCCGGCCCAGGAGGAGAGUGAAGGAAAGAUGGCGGCUGGAGCUGAAGCGGCCAGUAGCGGCGGCCGCAGCAGCUCCUCGGCGGUUCUGGAAGCGACUCUGGACCGCCGGUUUCAGGGAGUUACGAACACGAUGGAGUCCAUUCAGAGCUUGUCCUCGUGGUGCCUCGAGAAUAAGAAACACCACGGGGUCGUAGUGCGCUCCUGGAUGAAGUGGCUCAAAAAAUCGGAUGCCAAUCACAGGCUGAAUCUCUUCUACCUCGCUAAUGAUGUCAUUCAGAACUGCAAGAGGAAAAACGCCAUCGCAUACCGCAGCACGUUUGCUGAAAUCUUGCCCGGCGCCGCCCUGCUGGUCAAGGAUGCUAAAGUGCGUAAGUCGGUGGAGAGGAUCUUCAACAUUUGGCAGGAGCGGAGUGUUUACCCAGAGGAGUUGAUCACUGAGCUGAAGGCAAAUCUCCAGAAAAAAGAGACGGCGCCCCCUUCAGCUCCAGUUACUCCUAAAGCUGCCCUCAAGUCCAAGAUCGUAGCAGAGUUCGCACCUCAGGCGUUUAUCGAUCGCCUCACUGCGUACAAGCGCUCGUUAGAGGAGAGCGAUCUGAAGGAGAAACAGCUCGCCGCUCUCAGGGUCGACGUCUGCAGCACCGAAGCUCUCAAGCGUCUCAAAGAUAAAGCAGGAGGAAAUAAAUUCUCAAAGGAUUUCGAGGAAGGCAGCACGAAGCUGCAGGAGGUUGUGAAGUUUCUGGAAGGACAGAAGGAGGAAGGACCGGUGCUGCUCGAGGCUCUGGGGAACGCCGACGUUUUUUAUGAAAUGCAGUACAAAGAGGUCAAAAUUGUCGCCAACGCAUACAAGACGUUCGCGAACCGUGUUUCGAAUCUGAAACGCAAACUGGACGCUCUGAAAGCCACCCUGCCGGACGUCGAGUCUCCAGUUCCCUCGCCCUCAGAGGACGCGCCCUCACCCUCCGGCUCUGAAUCGCCCUUUCACGGAUUGGGACGCAGCCAACGGCCGAAAGAUGAGAAAGACAACAGAGAUGUGGAGGACAUGGACAUGUCUGACGAGGAGACUGCGAACAACACAAGCGUUAUUGUCGAAGACAAAAAAGAAAAAGCGCCUCCGCCGAUAGUUUCCAAAUCCACCAGUGCAAUAGCAGCCAAGUCCCCUACUUUAGCCCCUCCCACAAAAACAACAUCCGAGCCCGCAGCCGUUCAGACAACGUCUUCGUCUGCGGUGACCUCGCCCACUACUACUCUGAGCCCCGCCCCUUUAAAUCUGGCCAAUGUGGAUCUGGGAAAGAUCAGCUCUAUAUUGAAUAGCAUCACUAAUGCCAUGAAGAACACUGGUGUGAGUCCUGUGUCUCGCCCCUCUCCGGGAACUCCCACUACACAACCAAGCCACACCCCCACAGCAAAAGCCACGCCUACUGUCGGAACUGCGGCACCCAAUCCGCUGGCCAGCAUCCUGUCGAGAGUGGAUAUUUCGCCAGAAGGAAUCCUGAAUGCGCUCACAAAGACACACACACACUCUGGUAAUGACACGCGCACACACUCUGGUUUGUCUACUUUGCUCUCCUCCGCCCGUGCUGGUACUCUCACCUCCCCAAACUCUGCCCCCUCUUCUUCCGCCGUCACCACGGCGACGGUAACGGCGACGGUAACGACGGCAACCGCCGCUCCAACAACCCUGACCACCCCGAAGACUCCAAAAGCCGCUGAACACAACAGCUUGAGUCGUGAGUCGGAGCGAGAGAGAGUGACGGAUUGGGAGAGAGACAGAGAGAAAGAGAGGGAGAAAGACCGACAGGAAGUCGCAAUGCCGAGCUUAGAGUCAAAAAUCAACAACUUCCUGCAAGUGAAUCCCGGAUUUGCAGGCGUAUUCGAGGCGGAAAGUAACAGCCCACUGCUUGUGGGCGGAGACGCCACACCGGUUCGAGACGAAAGGGGCGGGACUCCAACACAGGAUGAAAUCGUUGACAGCCCUUGCGUUAUGGGCCACAAAGCCCACGUUUCCUCGUGGGGCACCGAAGACGACCGGAAGGACAGAGACUACCGGACCCCGUCGGGGAAGAGUGCGGCGAAAAACAAAGAGCAAGAAGUAGGGAAGAGGAGGAGUGAAGCAUCCCCUGGCCACGCCCCAUCCUCCUCUUCCACUUCGUCUUCCUUCUCUGCGCAGGAAGUGGCCACGAAAGCUAAAACGGAAGGGAGAAGAACGAGUGUAGGAGCUCAGAGAGAAAAAGGCAAGGAGGAAAAAGUAGGGAAGAAAGCAGCAAAGAAACAGGAAGUGAUGGGCGGAGACAACGAACGCUAUCAUCGCAUCGAAACCGUGGUUACCGCGGGAGCGGGCGACGAAGCCGGAACCAUAGAUCCGCUCGGCUACAGCAACCGCAUCCAGACAGUCGAGAGCAUUCGCGUGAUUGGUCGAGGUCCCAGAAGGUCCAGUGGUGCGACCAGAGGGAGUGGGGUGUGGUACGAAGAGGCGGAGUUUAUGGAAGCCUCACCUCUGCCUCACCCCGGAAAUCACGGCCCUGAUGGUUCUGGAGACCACGCCACAUCUGCCUCAGCUCAUUUGGUAGCUCCCCAGGGGCAAUACUCGUCACCACCUCCCCCUCCCUUCUUCCCUCCUUCUCAACCCCUGGCCCCUCCAGUUGUCCCUCCUCACAUUGCCCCGCCCACUCAACCCCCCUUGACCCCUUCUAGGGACUUCCCUCCCUCCCCUACUACUACUUCUGUGAUGGUGGGUGGCAUCCUGGUCCCCAUUGACCGAGUUUUGCCCCUCCCACCCGCUAAUCUGCGUCCAGAGUCGGUGGCAGCCCAUAGGGGUGGGGCUAUCACGUCCAACAAUUCUAGGGGUAAAUUGUCUCACUCCAUGCGCCCCAUUCAUCGCCCGCUAUUGCAAAGCCCGACCUCGCCUUCGCCCACCACCCCAACCACACCCACAACCCCCACCCCUUCCAGGGAGCCCCGCCCACUCUUGCCCUCCCCACCCCGACCCCUUCUUCGCUUGCCUUCACAGAGGCUCCCAUUGCCCCUCCCCCUUCCCCGAGAGCCCUUGUUGCCAGGUGCAAAGCGACCUGGCCACGCCUACAGAGGUGGAUCGUUACAUGCUCCUAAACGACCGUUUUUGCCUCCUCGCUAUUAAGGGUUACAAUGCUGUCUGAUCAUGCUUUUGCUUAGGCCCUGUGCCCUUGCUACUAAGGCUAAAGGUCACAUGAUAUGAGCCUAAACACAUGCACACUUAAGCCCCUCCCCCAGCUUGGUUUCCCUCAAAGCCAGUUACUUAGACGAGAUGGUGGGAUGAACUAGGAGAUAAAGGAAGAUGAACAGAGAGAGAAAAGGUGGUUAUUCUGAUCAUUUCCACUUAUCUUUGUGCAAACGUGUGUGUGUGUGUGUGUGUGUGUGUGUGUGUGUGUGUGUGUGGAAACACACAAAACCAGAUUAUUCUGAAUGAUCUAGGUCUGUAAUUAAGAAUGUAAAUAGAAGCUUUCUCUCUUUCCUGUGUGGCUUCUGCAUUCCUGCUCUCAAGCUCUAUCACUCUCUCUGUAAACACACUUUAACCUCUGCUUCACACUUAUAUCAAAGAUCUGGAUUAAACCUGCGUUCACAUUAGAAAUCGUCACUCCAGGUUUGUGGGCGUGGUCUGUCCAGCUUCUUUUCAUUUCCGAAAAAAGAAACCUCAGUAGCCAAAAGGUAUAAAGUCUGUUGUACGAAUUUAUACGUUACUUUUGCUUAAAGCUUCUUUCCGUGCUCUGUUUUCUUUCCGGAAUUGGAGCGAAACGCAAGCAGAUACUAGAGAGUUGAGCAUUUGUGGGCGGGGCUUUGUCACUAAUGUGAACGCAGGCUUAUUGUUGCUCAACGGCAAAGAUAUACAAUCUCAAGUUUCAACUUUUUACAUGAAAGCAGAAUUAGUCUAGCAAAAAAAAAAUCUCAAUCUUAAUGCUUCCUUUUUUUCAUACUUCCUGUCUUUUGAUUCCUUGGUUAAAUUUAUGAUUUUUUUUUUUUUAGUUCUCGCGUGUAUUAUUACUAAUAAAAGCCCUGCGUUGAGAAACAUGAAUGAUCGGGGGCUUACAGUUCUUUAUCGUUAUAAUUAUAAUGUUUGUUUUUUGGUGUGUGUGGGGGCAGGGGUUUUGUUUUUUUGUGUUUUUUUUCUUCCUUUUGAAGAAAAAUGUAAAUGCGAACUCUGUAACUUUUUUGAUUUAAAAAAAAUACUCUGUUUCUGAAUCUGUACACAAGCAAGCUACGUGUACGAUUGUUUAAAAGAAAAAAACAAAACGAGCUAUUACAGGCGAUUUGUGUAACUGAGCUACACCCCUUGCUGCUUGGGGUGAAGAGCGCUGGCGAUGCAUAUUUAGGCUCCACCCCCUUAUCAGAGUUUAUACAAAAUAAUGCAAGAUUACGGUCUAAACAAACUCUGAACUUUUUCAGCGUAUGGCUUAACACUCAUUGCGUGAAUAAAAAUUGAAUGCCAGAAUCAUGCACGUAGCUCUUUUAAAGGUGAAUACCCUUUCCUAGGAAUCUGAUUGGAUGGUAAAAGAAGAGGCACGGUUACACUUUGCAUUUUGUCUGUUUCCUGUUCCUUUUCCCUUUGAGUUACACACACAAGGUCAUAAUUUUCAAAAAAAAAAAAAAACCUCCCGAGGCCUAAAUUGCUUUUGAAUAACGUUUCUGAUGCACCCUCGUCCACUUCCUGUUGCCAAGCUCCCUUUUCCUCCUGCCUUGGGGGCUUACUUUUAUCUGUCCUGUUAACUUCAUGAACAUGAAGUUGGUUCGGUAUGGAAUCGAGUCAACGUCACUGUUGAAGAUCGUUACCCAGAAGACAUUGCUGCAUUGCUGACACUCUCAGAACGGGUUUUAUUCCUCCACUUCACGUUCAUAGCAUCAUGCCCUCGCUAGUUACAAUAACUACUAGUUAGCAUAAAACUCGCCACUUCCAACAAUGAGUUUAAUUCCCUCAAAGAGAGACAGUGAAACUUUGCUUUGCUAGCUGGAAUGGUACUUCAGUCUGCCAGAUAGUUAACUAGUUAGCACAAAUUUUUAAGUCAGGUUUAAUCCUCUAUGAAAUGAAGAAACGUUGCUAGCUGGACCGUUGACUUCAAUCUGCUAGUUAGUAUAAAAGCUAUACACUGCUAGCUGAAAAGUUACUACAUGGACCUUGAGGAAACUUUACUUUGCCAGCUGGAAUAUUAGUUCAGUCUGCUAGGUAGUUACCGUGCCAUCUAGCUAGCAUAAACAGUUUCCAGAUUUUCAUUGACGCUAAGAUAACUUCAUCAGGUCUAAGACUGCUAGCCACAUAGCACAAUAUUGACACGUUUCUUAUUCCUGCGACUCCUUCAUCUGUACAAAACGGCACUCUGCUACUUUACUUUGCUAGCCGGUUAGCAUGUCAGCUCGUUAGAAAAGGAAGAUGCUGAAAAAGUGCGGACUUUUGAGAUCGUUAUUGUGUAUUUCCAAGUGGACGAGGGCGCUCUAAAGGAAACGGUAUUGACACAGGUCAAAAUCGUCCAGUCAGCAAUUGUGUGUGUGUGUGUGUGUGUGUGUGUGUGUGUACAAGCAAAUUAUUGCUCUAUAUAUAUAUAUAAAAGAAAAGAUUUGAUUUUUACUUUAGAUAAUGUAUAAAAUACUUCAGAUUGAGUGUUUGGAAGAAUGUCCUGUUACUGGUUUCCACCCACACGGAAAGAAAUGAUCUGUAAUUAAUGUACAUAUUGCUAAUACUGCUUGUACAAGUAGUGAUGUGAUUUUUAUUUUAUUUUAUUUUAUUUCCCUUUUGGUUCAUAACACGUGAACAUUUAAGGAACGUGGUGGUGGUGAUAUACGGUGUCGUCUUUUGUCCUGAAUGCAUACACAUUUAGAUCAACAACUCUCUCUUGACCAAUAUGAUCACAUGACUACGAUCCACAUGCCAAGGGUUCGUGUAUAAACGCAUGACCUGGAAUGAGGAGCAAAAUGGCUGCGUCUCAAACGCUAGACUUCAUUUUGGCGAUGUUCUCUGACUGUAGGGCUAGCGCCCGUACUUGUUAAGCAUCCCCGUGUCCUCCGUUAGUCUUUAGCUGAGUGUAUUGCUUCAUAUAGAAAGCUAAUUUCGUAUGUUAAUCUGUAACUAGUAACCAGCCUAGCUAGUUCACCAAUCCUUUAGCUGUAUCACAAAAGCAACACUCGUGUGUUUAGCAUAAACAGCACAUACGAGUUUAGCGUCCCUGUAUUUUCUGUACGUCUUUAGCCGAGUGUAUUUAUUCACAUAGAACUUUAAUGUUAUGAGAUGCCUUACUCUGCUUGCUAAUAUGCACGCUAGCUAGUCUGCUAUGCUAUCUGUACCACAGAGCUAACAAUCCUGUUUGGCACCUCUCCGAGUGUGUUUCAUGUAGUCUGCUAAUCUCGCAUGUUAAGGUGUAGCUAGUAACCAAGCUAGCUAAUUAUGUUCUCCGUAAAACAAAGCUAGCAGUCAUAGGUGUUUAGUGUCUCCGUGUCCUCGGUUCGUCUUUAGCAGAGUGAGUGGGUUUAUUAGAGAUAAUUUCUCUCUGUUAUCAUUUUAUGAGGCGGUUACAGAAGCUCAAAGGUCUUAAGUUCUUUUUUCCAACAGUAUCUCCAUACACUGUCCCAGUAUUUACUUGAUGAGUAGUAUUUACUCAAGCUAGAUGAGUAAAAUACUGUGUGUUGAGUUUUAUUUCUCGAAUUAUUUUGACUGACAGAGACCUAGCAUCUCUGUCUCAACUUUCAGGAUUUAACCAGUCAGGAUUUAUGUUUUAUGUAGAGUGAUAAUUCAUAAAACAGUCUUCUGGGUCUUCUGAGAAUGAUCGUUCUUACUUUUACGACGUUACUGAGAACCAUUCCGUGAAGUGUUAGUGUUUUGGGAGACAGCCAUUAUCGAUAAACACAAACGAAACCUGUUCUAAAUAGCUGUUAGCUAUUUAAUACAAGACUACAUAUGUACAGUUUUUUGUUGUUGUUUUUUUUUUUUAAACUGAAUCCAAAGCUUUACAAAUGAUUUACAUUCACACACACACACACACACACACACACAC